AUGUUCGUCCGCUGCCAUCUUCCAUCGGGACUUGACACCGGCCCUGGGACAAGGAAGUCGUCAACGCUGUGCUCCUUGGUGCUGAUGCUGCUUGUCAUCGCAACAUUCCUUGUGUGUGAAGUGCCUGGACAGAUGAAGGAGGAAAUCGUCGGACUCGGCAAUCACAAAAGGACUGGCAACCAAGUGGAGCUCAACCCGUACGCUGUCAAAGUCACAGAGAAGAACUUCAACUUGAAGGAAUACAGAUAUCGGUUUGAGGACGCCUGUGAUGUUAAGAUCGAGAAAGGCUACAUCGAGCUUCAGUACAACGAGGACGGCAAGGGAUGCAUUGUAGAUUUGCUCAGCAAAAACAAGGACAAGAUCAAGUUAACAGCUGUAGUGAGGAACAAGCGAGGAGGGAUCAAAAAAUGCCUUGUUGUAGCUGAUCAUGAGAGGAAUAGCUAUAAUAAUAGUAUGUCCUUCGUCUACGGUGUGAACAACAAAGUCAUUGAGAUGCUCAACAAAGGGCCAAACAAGGAUUCUGGGACGUGUAGAAAAAACUGCGCAGCAUGCAUGCCAUGGACGGUUUCAUGGAGCCGAUCUACAUCGAAAUUUGUUUAUGCUCACACCUAUCUAGGUAUAUAA